CUUGCAUUCAAAAUUCUCUCUUUCUUCCUUCUGUCAAUCUCGCUCGUCUCUCUCUAUUUACAGACUCUGAGUAUGAAUUGAAGCAGCCGCCUUUUUGGACUGUGAAGCUAGCUGCUCCGGUCAGUGAGUCACCGACUCAGCUGAAUCGGUGCUUGCUUUGUUUGCGCGUCAUUUCGAUCAAAUCCAGUUACAAAGUCAGUGUCUUGUAAAAAUUAGAGUAAGGUCCUUUUCUUUUCUUUUUUUUCUCUUUUUGAAUCUAAUUUUCCAGAGAAACCAUCAGAACCUUUGUGUCCAAACACGAAUUAUGGUCAAAUUAGUUUUUUUUUUCUUUCUUUAAUUGACCCUAGAAUUCAUUAAUCUAGAAAUAGUUAGACUUAGCUAGUUUUGGUUGGGCUUUUCACCAUUUCUCUUGGUAUAGUUGAGCUUUUCAAUCGAAACCCUAAAGCCCUCCAUUUUUUUCUUUUUCCUUUUAAAGCUUCAGUAUAGAGAGAUAAGUGGAAGGCUGUAGUGGCCUUGAAAUUGAUUUAUUCUUGGAGAAAGAUUAUGUCUUUGAAAGAAAGAGUAUAAUGGAGGCUGAUAAUAGCUCACAAAUGACACUUUCUACUAAUUCUGGAGGAGAAGGCACAAGUGUCGUCUCUUCUUUUAGUAAUCAAGCUGUGCCACUCUCACUGCCGCCGCCAAAGAAGAAGAGAAACCUUCCUGGAAUGCCAGAUCCAGAUGCUGAAGUGAUUGCUUUAUCACCAAAAACACUGUUAGCCACGAACAGGUUCGUGUGUGAGAUCUGCAACAAAGGCUUUCAACGGGACCAGAACCUCCAGCUUCACCGUCGAGGUCAUAACUUACCAUGGAAACUAAAGCAGCGAACUAGUAAAGAGCCAAUAAAGAGAGUCUACGUUUGCCCAGAAGCAUCUUGUGUUCAUCAUAAUCCAGCUAGAGCUCUCGGUGACUUGACUGGCAUCAAGAAACACUUCUGCAGAAAGCAUGGAGAAAAGAAAUGGAAGUGUGAAAGGUGCUCAAAGAAAUAUGCAGUACAGUCAGAUUGGAAAGCCCACAUGAAGACUUGUGGCACUAGAGAGUAUAAAUGUGAUUGUGGCACUUUGUUCUCCAGGAGGGAUAGCUUUAUAACGCAUAGGGCGUUUUGUGAUGCUUUGGCGGAGGAGAGCGCGAGAGCGCAAACCCUAACUUUUAUGGAUAAGGAAGGGAGUAAUAAUACGAAUAUGAAAAGUGUGGUUGCUGUUGCUUCACCGCCGCCUCCACCUCUUACACCUUCAACCACUGUGGUUUCUCCGGGUGUGUCAGCUCAAAGCUCAGAAUUAGCAGAGAAUGCAGUUAAUAUUUCAGCAGCAACAGCAUGCUUGACUGCCCCAGAUACAAGCACCAAUUCUACUAGCACAACAACAAGCAACGUAUUUGCCAGUGUAUUCGCUUCCUCAACAGCAGCAGCGAUCUCACAAGAAGGGCCAUCUUCGUCACCCUCAUUCUCUAAUCUUCUUUCCGCCUUCACACACUCCGAUUGCGCUGCCACAAUGUCAACACCUAGAGCUGUAGAACCUCCAUCUCUUUCGCUUUCCUCCUCUCUUUAUCUCUCCAGCAACGCCUCCUCUCUCUUCCCGGACCAAGAUCAACAUCGACACUACACCCAGUCUUCUUUACCUGCAAUGUCGGCUACUGCAUUGCUUCAGAAAGCAGCACAAAUGGGAGCAUCAUCAUCAAACGCAUCGUUUCUACGUGGCUUGGGUUUGCCGGUAACAUCUUCCACUGGUCAACAUAACAGUGGGAAUCAAUGGGAUGUGAAGCCAGAUACGAGUGCUCUGGCAGCUGCUGGGCUUGGACUUGGAGUCCCCUCUGGGGAUAUUAUGAUGGGUUCAUCAGCAUUGUUUGGGAACAAACCGACCACCCUUGAUCUUCUUGGGCUGGGCAUGGGUGCUAGCUCUGCUUUGCUCAAUUCCUAUGGUGGAAGCUUCAACGUUGGAGCAGCAGCUGCUUCUGCGUCUCCUUAUGGAGGAGGAGGGGGAGGGAGUUCUGAAGAGACGUGGGAUGGUGCAGCGGAGAAAAAGCCAAACGGGUACAAUUAGAAAGAGAGAAAGCAUCAGCACUGUUCCCAGUAUUUUAGUCACGGGUGAAGCAGUUUUGAGCUCUUAUCUCUCACGAAUAUUUAUAUAUAUAUAUCUUGCUUUUUCUUUUUUUCUUUUUAAAAAAAUACCCCUUUGGCCAAGAGAAGGUGCAUAGAGUAGUUAUUAAGACGUAAGAAGACUGUCUUCUCUUAUAUAUAUGAUAUAUAUAAAUGUAUACUUGUUAAAUUC